AUGACAGAUAAAUAUGCAAUUCAAGAGGCAGCAAGAGACGGAAAGAUCUUGACUGUGGAAGCCUUACUCACUGAAAACCCAAAAUUGAUUUUUCUGAAGGAUCAAGAUGAAAGAACUGCACUUCAUUGGGCUUGUUCACUGGGUCAUUUAAACAUUGUGUUGAGUAUUUUGAAGCCUAGAGGGAAAGAAAUAGAAAUUGAUGACAUGUUAGAUCUGAGUGGAUGGUCACCUGUACAUAUAGCAGCCUCUGCGGGUUACGAAGAAAUCUUUGACACAUUGAUGAGCAACAAUCCACAACCAGAUAUAGAUUUACCAACCAAUCAAGGAACGGCUGUGAUACAUCUUGCAUGCAGUAAAAAGCAUUAUGAUAUUGUUAAAAAGAGCAUUGAGACUUAUAAAUGUAAAACUAGGGCAAAGGAUAAGAUGGGAUAUACUCCUUUGCAUCGGGCUGCUAGUGUUGGAGAUUUCAGAAUUGUAGAGUUAUUAUUGAAGAGCGGGGUCAAUGUAAAUGCCACUGACAAGGAGGACUGGACUGCUUUAAUGCAUGCAGAAGCAGAAGGUUGGACGGAUGUAGUGGAGCUUUUAAAGGCAAAUGGGGCUGAAAUAACUAAAAAGGAUUAG